UGAAUUAAAUUUUAAUGUGAAUUUAAAAUGAAAAAUUGAUAAUAUUCAUUCUUUUUAUCUGCGGACUGAAGUUAGCACUACACGUCUGCUGGUCUUCUGUAGUAAUUUUUUUAAUAACCUAGUCUAAUAUUCUAAAACCGAUACAAUGCGUAUUGACACUUGUUAUUUUUGUUCGUCUAAAAUGUACCCUGGACACGGAAUGCAUUUCGUAAGAAAUGAUUGUAAGGUUUUUAAAUUUUGUCGCUCAAAAUGUCACAGAGCAUUCCAAAAGAAGAAGAACCCAAGGCGUGUACGAUGGACCAAAGCAUACCGCAAGGCUGUUGGUAAAGAACUUGCUGUGGACCCAUCCUUUGAGAUUGAAAAAAGACGUAACAUACCAAUGAAAUAUGAUAGAGAGUUUUGGCAAAUGUCUAUGGAAGCAAUUAAGAAAGUUACUGAAAUUCAAAAGAAACGUCAAUCUACUUAUGUAAUGCAGCGAUUACGUAAAGGACGUGAAGUUGAACAGCACAGAGACAUCAGAGAAGUCCAAAGAGAUAUGUCACUUAUUAGAUCACCUGCUGCAGGACUUAAACAACGUUUGGCAACUGAAGAAAAACUACUCGAAGAAGAACAAGAAAAUGACGUGGAGAUGAUUACUACAGAAGACGAGAAUAAUAUUGAUCAUAGUAAAUUAUCUUACAUAAAAAUAUAAAAUAUUUGUAACUGUUGAAUGGUAUUAUAAAAUGAGUUUUUUAUGAAUA